AUGUGUGAAAGAGAAGAAACUCCGAAAGUUUCUAGAAACAUAACCCCGAAAAAUUUGCUCGAUGCAUUGACUGGCGCGUCGAAUUGUUCACCUCUAGGUACAGUUGCGCUUCAGAAAGCAGCACACGAAAAGCAACAACAAGAACGCAAAAUGGCCCAGCAGCUAGAAAGAGUUCUCGAUCGCCGCGAUAUGAUCACUCAAAAAUAUCUGAGGAUUCGGCAAGGAUUAAGCGAAAAUGUAAGCAUUCAUUGGUUGAAUCUGCAACUUGAAACGAUUCGUAAGUGCAAUGAGCAGUCUGAGAUAAUCUAUAAUGAAAUAUGCGAACUUAUACCUCGAGCGCAACGAGCCGCGCACACGGAAGAGUAUUUCCGCUGUGAGGAAAUGUAUAAUUCUCUGUACAUCACUAUUCAAACGGCAAUAUCCAGAUUGAAGGAUGCAGACAACCAAGUAAAACUUGAUGCAAAUGCAGUUUCACCCGACCCACAGCGACCAAUUGUAGUAAGCUCGUCAGCACCUCACUUGCAAGUACCGUUGCCAACAUUUGACGGGAAUCUUGAAAACUGGUACUCCUUUAAGUGUAUGUUCCAGACAAUCAUGAAUAGAUACCCAAACGAGUCACCGGCUAUCAAACUUUAUCAUUUGAAAAAUUCGCUUAUUGGAAACGCUACAGGAAAAAUUGAUCAGGAUGUUAUUAACAACAAUAACUAUGACGCUGCAUGGAAAAUGUUGGAAGACACGUAUGAGGAUGAACGGUUAAUAAUAGACACACACCUCGAAGCCCUAUUGAAUAUACCAAGGAUGUCUGGUGAAUCUGGUGAUGAACUACGAAAGUUGAUCGAUGUUUGUACAAAACACGUUGAUGCACUUAUAAACCAUCAGUUACCAGUUGAAGGACUGGCAGAAAUGAUCGUUGUUAAUGUCAUCGCCAAGCGCUUAGAUAAGGACACUAGAAAGCUAUGGGAAUCUCAGCUACCCAAAGAAGAAUUGCCAACUUUUAUUGAAAUGAUGGAAUUUUUAAGAGAACGAUGCCGUAUCCUCCAAAAGAUGAAAGGUUAUUCAGAGCUGCGACCAACCACCGGUGUGUGGAAGCAACGUGGUAAAAUGGAGCAGAAAACAAUGCCUGCAAAGAACUUUGUUCAGACAAGCAAGGAAUCCUGUUAUGGCUGCAAUGGAGACCAUACAAUUUAUAAAUGUGAUGAGUUCAAAAAGCUUUCAGUGUCUGAACGUUAUAGCAAAGUGAAGCAAUCUGGUCUCUGCUUUAACUGUUUACGCCGGGGUCAUCGCACUGUUGACUGCAACUCGGAGCAAUCUUGCAAGACGUGCGGUCGAAAGCACCACAGUCUACUUCACGACGGGAAACCAGAAGCCCCGAAGAAGCUUGAGAAUGAGGAACCAACAUCAUCGACAUCGUAUUCUAGCGACAUCCGCGAAACUGUUGAACAAACAAAAUCUGUGAACUGUGCUCACUCAUAUAACGUGACAAAACAAGUACUUUUGUCAACAGCUGAAGUUUUAGUAUGUGGAUCAGGGAAUACAACGUGGUCCUGUAAAGCACUGCUGGAUUCGGGCUCCGAUUCGAAUUUGAUGACGGAAGAAUUUGCGAGAAAAAUAAAUAUUCGAAUGGAAAGCAUCAAUAUUCCCAUUAGCGGAUUAAAUAAUACUGAAACUUACGUGAAAUAUAGACUUAGUACAAAGAUAAAAUCGCGCGUCAACGCUUUCGACGCUACACUAGAAUUCCUGAUUGUACCCAAAAUAACCAAACUGCCGAUCAUUGAACUGGAUACCCAUGCUUGGCCCAUCCCCACUGGUACAGUACUGGCGGACCCAUCCUUCAACAAACCCGACGAAAUUCAGAUAAUUCUUGGCGCAGAGUUGUUUUUCGAUCUGCUCAAGGAAGGCAGAAUGCGACUCGGCAACACCAAACCAAUAUUAAUCGAUACACAGUUUGGAUGGAUUGUCAGCGGACCAGUCAACGAUAGGAAUCAAAGACUAAAGAAGUCGCAAGGCAUAUGUCAGUUGAAUGUAAGUAACAAUGAAUUGAACCACACUAUAACGAAAUUUUGGGAGCUUGAUGCAUGCCGCGAAGCGUCAUUGUUGACAGUAGCUGAACAAGCUGUUGAAGCACACUUUUUACGUACGUUUACCCGCAACGACGACGGUCGCUACUCCGUCAGACUUCCUUUCAACGAUAUAAAAAAUCAACUGGGCGAUUCUCGAGCAACAGCACAACGUCGGUUUGACAACUUACUACGAACAUUUGUGGACGAUAAAAAAAGGAUCCGUUACACGGAAUUCAUGGAAGAAUAUUUAUCUCUUGGUCAUAUGGUUGAAGUCUUUGACCACCCCGAAGAUUGUUUCUUUCUACCUCAUCACGCCAUCUACAAAGAGACAAGCAGCACUACUAAGUUACGAGUAGUUUUUGAUGCUUCAGCGAGGACCACGUCUGGUUUUUCGUUGAAUGAUGCCUUAGAGACGGGUCCAACUGUUCAGAGUGACUUGAUAUCGAUUAUCAUACGAUUCUGUAGCCAUCAAGUAGUAUUGACAGCAGACAUUCCGAAGAUGUACCGGCAGGUGCAAAUUCACCCGGAGGACCGAAAGUAUCAACGCAUCUUAUGGUUAGAUUCGGAAAAUAAAACAGGAACGUUUGAGCUAACAACCGUAACGUAUGGUUGUUCUAGCGCACCAUACUUGGCUACACGAGUGCUUAUACAGUUGGCAAAUGACGAAGCAGAUGAAUUUCCACAUGCAUCGCGAAUAGUGAAGGAAGACAGUUACAUCGACGAUUUCCUCACUGGAGGGAAAACAGCCGCCGAGGUGAUCGAGAUUUAUCAGCAGCUUUCCGAGAUGUUGAAGCGAGGCGGCUUUGGUAUGCAUAAAUUCUGCUCGAACAGCGAAAGUGUUCGUAAGUCUAUUCCAGCGGAGCUGCAAGAAACGCAAAUGAAUUUUGAAGAUGCUGACAUAAAUAACACCAUUAAAACACUUGGACUUAUCUGGAAUCCGGAAGAAGAUUAUUUCGUAUUUCACGUGAGUCCGUUGGAAUCGAAAAAUAAUGUACAUCCUACGAAGCGAAGUGUGCUUUCCGACAUUGGAACUCUUUUCGAUCCAUUGGGAUUUCUAGGGCCAGCUAUUACUACAGCAAAAUUAAUAAUGCAAGAUCUAUGGCGGCUUGGAGUCGCAUGGGAUGAAGCUUUACCUCCAGAACAACUAGAAACUUGGACUGCAUUUCGACAACAGCUUCCGUUGGUCAAUCAACUGAAGAAAGGCAGGUGUAUAACAUCAAAUCACGCUGAUGUAAUUGAGCUUCACGGAUACUCGGACGCUUCCAAGAAGGCGUAUGGCGCAGUGUUGUAUACGAGAUGCGUAUCUUCCAAUGGACGGGUAAAAGUUCAUCUAGUUUGCAGUAAAUCGCGCGUGGCGCCUUUGAAACCGACCACAAUUCCUCGGCUCGAACUAUGUGGAGCAUUACUUCUAGCCCAGCUGGUGAAAAAAACCGUAGCUGCAAUGCAAAUUUCUUUUCAAAGUGUGACACUUUGGACCGAUUCACAAGUGGUGCUGGGUUGGCUGAAAAAAUUACCGCUUGCUUUGAAUCAGUUUGUUGCUAAUCGCGUGGCAGCUAUCAUUGAACUCGUGCCUGAAUACCAAUGGCUUUAUGUACCAUCAGAACAAAACCCUGCUGAUGUAAUAUCACGUGGUGCCAUGCCCGAAGAACUGAUUCGACAGGAUUUGUGGUGGAAAGGAUGUCCAACCCUAGGCGAAAGGGAUUUCGAUCCUAAAGAAGAUAAUAAUUAUAGCAAUGAACUAGAACUCCCUGAGCUGAAAUCAACAACUGUGUGUGCUUCAGUUCAACGCAUGCCACUGCAAAUAAACUUCACUAGGGUUAGCAACUUUCGACGCCUUCAGCGAGCAUGGGCAUACGUACUAAGAUUCAUCAAGAAUCUUAAAACAAAAACCAGUAACACAACUCCUAUAAGCGCACAAGAAAUGAACGAAGCUCUUGCUGCGAUCGUGAAGCUUGUUCAAAGAGCAUAUUUCGGUGACCUCAUUAAAACGUUAGCUGGAGGUUCAAAUAGGCAGCAUGAUUACAGUGGUUUGGCUCCAUUUCUAGAUCCGGAAGGUUUGAUCAGAGUUGGGGGACGGCUGAAAAACUCAUUAAUCCCGUACGAAGGAAAACAUCAGUUGCUGUUACCCGAAAAGCAUCAUGUAACUCAUAUCCUUGUCCGGCAAUUACACAACGACAAUUUCCAUGUCGGACAACGCGGACUGCUAUCAAUCAUACGUGAGCGAUUUUGGCCUGUAAAGGUAAAGCAGCUUAUUAAAAAGAUUUGCGGUUCCUGCUAUGUUUGCUACCGGUACAACCCUAAACCAGUUAAUCAAUUUAUGGGAAACUUGCCUGAUUACCGUAUUACACCGUCGCCAGUUUUUUCUAACACUGGAGUCGAUUAUGCUGGACCAUUUUUACUAAGAGAGACUGGCAGAAAGACAGUAACUUAUAAAGGUUAUCUCGCAAUAUUCAUCUGUUUAGCAACCAAGGCCAUUCAUAUUGAAUUGGUAUCAAAUUUAACUACAGCACAUUUCAUAGCUGCAUUGCAACGUUUUAUUAGUCGACGUGGUAUGGUGAAUAACUUGCAUUCGGAUAACGGUACAACGUUCAUAGGGGCGAAUCAUGAAUUGGCUGCACUACGGCAACUAUUCGAGGAACAGGCUCAUCAAACCAAACUGAAUGAUUUCUGUAUCAGCAAGGGAAUACAAUGGCAUUUCAUCCCUCCGCGUAGUCCUCAUUUUGGUGGCAUCUGGGAGGCUGGCGUGAAGUCGGUUAAAUAUCAUCUGAAGCGCGUUGUAGGGGAAACUAAGCUGACCUACGAAGAAAUGACAACUUUUCUAGCACAAACUGAGGCUAUUUUGAACAGUCGGCCUUUAGUUCAAAUAUCAGAUGAUCCCAAUGAUCUCGAAGUGUUGACCCCAUCACAUUUCUUAAUAGGCAGAUCGGCACUUAGCAUUCCAGAACCAUCAUAUGAGAAGGAGAAGAUUGGACGGCUGAGUCGAUGGCAGCAUAUUCAGCUUAUAAGGGAGCAUUUUUGGAAACGCUGGUCAACAGAGUACCUGUAUCAUUUGCAAUCUCGCCCGAAGUGGCACACCGGAACCACCCAGGUGCCAGUAGGAGCGCUCGUGGUGCUAAAGGACGAUAAUUCACCACCCCAUCAGUGGCGUCUAGGACGCAUUACCGCCAUUCAUCCAGGAGAGGAAGGUAUAGUAAGAGUUGUAACAGUAAAAACACCAAACGGAGAAUAUAAAAGAGCUACAACAAAGAUAUGCCUUCUGCCAUCUGUUGAUCCAGGGGUAUCAACGGGGGGAGUAUGA